GAGGGAGCUCUCCUUGCGGUCGACCAACAUGGAACUGACUGACAAUGCCUGUGACGUCACACGAGCAUAUAAAAGGAAGACAGAGGGUGGGAAUCCUUACAUUGCUUGUGAGUGUUUCUUCACGCCGUCAUCUCCCCAAUCAAAAUGAACGCUUUUGUUGUCCUUUCCUCCAUCUUGGCUGUGGCCAAUGCCGGCAUUGUGUCCGUCCGUCCCGCUGGACAAGGCGUGCCUACCGUGGUGCGAGCUCCCAGCCAUGACUCGGCCUCCAUCGAGUCCCACCGUCUGGGUGGCAACUUUGCCUACUCCACCGCUGAGGCCCACGCCUUUUCCAAGGUUACCCCUCAAUUGAGCACUGCUGUCCACCCCGUGGCUGAGACUACCAAUGUUCACCACCCUGCCCCUGUUGCCUAUGUCCAACCGGCUCCCAUCGUUGAGACCACUUAUGCUGCCAAGCCCGUCUUUGGAGAGCAAGCCAUCUAUGCUGAGCAACCCAUCGUUGGCCCCGUCGCCACCCAUACUCAAGUUCAUCAACCUCUCCUCAAGACCCAACGCGUUGUUGCUCCUGUGGCUUAUGCUCAAGGUCUUGCUCCCUACCAUGGAAUCAAUGCCUACAACGGAAUCAACGCCUACAACGGAAUCAACGCCUAUGCUCCUCAUGGAUACGCCCUUAACGCUCCAGUUUUGGCCGCCGGACCCGCCGUCCAUGGUGCCAUUGAAGCCUAAGCAUUACCUUCCCCUCAGCCCCUCCAUCCUUCAUACUUUUAUUCCUUAUGCAUUAUCAGCAUCAUAUGAAAAGUAUUUCCUUUCGAAACCUUCAGCCUGGCAAGGACCCCCCCCUUUGUCCGUAUUAGCCAGCCUCCGUUCAGCAGAAACACCGUCUCUGACCUCGUUGCCUCGUGGAGAUUGGGAGAUAUCAACGAGUGCCAAGAAAUCUCAAGAAGCAAUGUCUCAUUCAACCAGCUCCAGUUCGACAUCAAAUAAUCCCAUUCACUCCAACAACCUGAAAACAAUUUGUGGGGUACGUUAUUUGAUCUCGUAGGGAGCUAUUUAUGCAUGUGUUCAAAAAUACAUCUGUGCUUUAAUUUUGUUGUAAACAA